UUCCACAACGGUCACUCUACCUUCUUCACGUUCAACGCAAUUUUAAUUGAAAAUUUCAAUUAUUAUUUAACAACCGAUCGCAGCGACACGAGUGGGUGCGUGUGGUCAGUGCUUAGAUAGAGAUUGAGUAGAACUCGUUGCCAAAAUGCUAGUCAUAAACACCUGUAGAACUGCCUCUAGAUUGGCGCUUCGCAGCCUCAACCUGCGAUCACCAAUCGUCUCGCGCACUUUCUCGGCGGGAUUGGCCCUGAAAACGAAAGAUGUUGUUAACAUAACCUUCGUGCGUGCCAACGGGGACAAGAUCAAGACAUCGGGCAAGGUGGGCGACUCCCUGCUGGAUGUGGUCGUCAAUAACAGUGUGGAUCUGGACGGCUUUGGCGCCUGUGAGGGCACCCUGACCUGCUCCACAUGCCACCUGAUUUUCAAGACCAGCGAUUUCGAGAAGCUCCCGGAUAAACCCGGUGAUGAGGAGUUGGACAUGCUGGAUUUGGCCUACGAACUGACAGACACCUCGAGGCUUGGCUGCCAAAUCACGCUGUCCAAGGACAUGGAGGGUCUGGAGGUUCAUGUUCCCUCCACCAUCAAUGACGCCCGCGCCGCGUAGAUAGACGCUACCCACUUUGUUAUACUUUGUUGCAAUUUUGAGUGCUAAUUCGCUUUAGUUCAACUAGAUGUAGUCAAUAUUUUUGAAUGAAAUCGUAUGUGUUGUCCCAGGGACACGAAGCUCAGGCGGCUAUUAUAGAUGCGUAUACAAAUCUGAUUCCGAUUCCAAAUGCGGAUUUGCCUCCGCUGUUGUUUUUAAAGUGUUUAAGCUCAAAGGGAUUAGAUCAAUAUGUAAAUACGUGUUCCCAAUAAAUUUACAUGUUUUUUCGUA